GUAACACUGCUACAAAUUCUACAUUCCGCGCAUUCUUUCAGACUGGGAGGCGCAAAUUUCAAACUCAAUUUUUUGGGAUAACGACCCCGUUUCUAAUCCCCGCAGUGACCAUUCCAGUAUCAACGAUAACACAAUAAUUACCAUUAAAAUAGCCCAAUAGUUUUGUCUUGAAUUACGUAAGCGCGUGUGGCCUGAAAGUGGUUGACACAGCUCUAUACCUAAGUUUUAAACCUGUAAUUUUCAAACCAACUAAUCGUAGUCGUAUCGAUUUUGGACUUUGAAAGCCGACGUCGUAGGAUGAUAUCAUUGGCCUUUUGCGGGAGUCGAACCUGUGACCACGCGCCAAUUGUAAUGCUUUAAGCAAUAGCAUAAUCAAAAGUUAUUGUCGCUAAAUCUUCGGGUAUCCGUGUGUAGGGACUCCGCAGAUCCCUUCAAAUUCCUGGUAACAGUUGAGAAACAUAUACUUUUUAUUAUAUGAUAAUGCAUCUGGCUGGAUUUUGGUCGUAGCAAGCAGUAGUGUAGACUGUAUCCAUGAAUCCUAUUUCGCGCUACUCGUUUGGCUUUUCGGCACUUCGUUACGCACGAUCUCUUUUGGCCAGCGGAUGUUCAGCAGGUAGUCAAAUCACACAGACGAGAAUGGCGCACGGAGAAUCUACCAAGGACAACGACGAUUCUCCUAAAGAGCGCGUGGAGGAGAAAACUGCACCUAUGGUGAAGCAUGAUCCAGGGCUUCCUCAAAAAUUGGCAUGGAGUUGUAAGCUAAACAAGCAUGCUAAUUUUCUUUCUGAAUUCAGUCUCACUUUAGCGGAAAAGUUCAAGCUGGCUGGGUUGGCUCUGCGAUUAUGGCGUCAUGUACAAGAUGAAAUUUCCAAAGGAAGGAGGCCAAUAAUUGAUCCCUUCAAUCGUGAGAUAAAGCCUUCUUCUUGCCAUGGUGUUCCACUUGGAGGGAUGGGUGCAGGAAGCAUAGGAAGAGGUUAUCGAGGUGAAUUUCAACGAUGGCAGCUGAUCCCUGGCAAUUGCUAUGAGGCUCCUGUCUUAGGGAACCAGUUUUCAGUUUUUAUUUCUCGUGAAGGGGAGAAAAAAUAUGCAUCAGUGUUGUAUCCAGGAUGCCCAGAAGAACUCAAGCAAGAUAAUUGUUUGGGAAUAAGAUCUUGGGAUUGGAACUUAGAUGGACAACAUUCUACUUACCAUGCACUGUUUCCACGGGCCUGGACUGUAUAUGAUGGUGAGCCAGAUCCAGAGCUAAAAAUCUCAUGCCAACAGAUUUCUCCUUUUAUUCCUCACAAUUAUAAAGAGAGUAGUUUACCUGUAGCUGUAUUCACUUACACGCUGACAAAUAUAGGGAAGAGCACUGCAAAUGUUAGCUUACUUUUCACUUGGACUAAUUCUGUAGGUGGAAAAUCUGAGCUUUCUGGUGGUCAUGUUAAUUCUUCAAUGAUGACGGAUGAUGGUGUGCAAGGAGUUCUUCUCCAUCACGAGACGGCAAAAGGUAAACCUCCAGUAACAUUUGCUAUAGCAGCUCAGCAAACAAGUGAUGUUAAAGUAUCUUUAUGCCCCUGCUUUUCACUUUCUGGAAACAAUGUGGAUUUCUCAGCUAAAGAUAUGUGGCUUGAAAUGAAAGAGCAUGGAGGUUUUGAUUACAAUACUCGUCACAGAACUUUUCCUGCUUCAGAACCAGGUUCAUCAAUUGGAGGUGCAGUUUCUGCUUCUGUAUUGAUUCCACCUCAUGAAAAGAAGGUCAUUACAUUUGCAUUAGCAUGGGACUCACCUCAAGUCAGAUUUGCUAGUGGAAAAUCAUAUCAUAGGCGCUAUACCAAAUUUUAUGGUACCCAUGGGAAUGCAGCAGUAGAUCUUGUUCAUGAUGCUAUCUUAGAGCAUCGAAAUUGGGAGUCAGCCAUAGAAAGCUGGCAAAGACCUAUUCUAGAAGAUGAAAAACUUCCAGAGUGGUAUCGUGUUACGUUGUUUAACGAAUUAUACUAUUUGAUUUCAGGAGGUACUCUUUGGACAGAUGGUUCACCUCCACUCCAGGAUAUUAAAAAUGUCACAGAGAGAUCUUCAUCAAAUAAAAUGAAUGCUUUUCAGGGAAAGAAUAACAACAGUUCAAGGGUGCACGAUGAGUUAGCAGUUGAAAAUAUAGAAUAUAACAGCCAUCUCCAAUCUAAGAAAAUAGGGAAUGUUGAUGAAGACUCUCUUAGAACUGUUGGAGAUGCAGGGAAUUCAACAGCAACGGAAGUUCUAAAUAAAAUAACAACAAUAUUGUCUGAAAGGCACAAUUUGGCCACAUCGUACGGACCAUCUUUACUAGAUAAGAAAGAGGAGAAUGUAGGACAGUUUCUCUACCUGGAAGGAGUUGAGUACUUUAUGUGGAAUACUUAUGAUGUGCAUUUCUAUGCAUCCUUUGCGUUGCUUAUGCUGUUUCCAAAACUUGAGCUCAGCAUUCAGAGGGAUUUUGCUGCUGCAGUUUUGAUGCAUGAUACAGAAAAAGUGAAAUUUUUAUUUAAAGGUGAUUGGGGUGUCAGAAAGGUCCUAGGUGCAGUGCCACAUGACCUUGGACUCAAUGAUCCCUGGUUUGAGGUGAAUGCUUACAAUCUCCACGAUUCCAGUAGAUGGAAAGAUCUCAAUCCCAAAUUUGUUCUGCAAAUUUACAGGGAUGUCGUUGCAACUGGUGACAAAUCCUUUGCCCGUGCUGUUUGGCCUUCCGUUUACAGUGCAAUGGCUUACAUGGAUCAAUUUGACAAAGACAGAGAUGGAAUGAUAGAAAAUGAAGGUUUUCCGGAUCAAACAUAUGAUGCAUGGUCUGUUUCUGGCGUCAGUGCCUAUUGUGGCGGACUUUGGUUGGCAGCCCUUCAGGCAGCCGCUGCAAUGGCAGAUCUAGUUGGUGACAAAACAUCUGGAGAGCAUUUUAGGGUUAAAUUUCGUAAGGCAAAAGUUGUGUAUGAAAAGCUGUGGAAUGGCACAUAUUUCAACUAUGACAGUAGUAACAGUAGUUGUAGUACUUCCAUUCAGGCAGAUCAGUUGGCCGGACAGUGGUAUGCACGAGCCUCAGGCCUGGAACCAAUUGUUGACAAGGAAAAAGCUCAGAGAGCACUUGACAAGGUUUAUCAAUUUAAUGUAUUGAAAUUAGGUCAUGGGAAAAUGGGUGCAGUUAAUGGAAUGCAACCAGAUGGGAAGGUUGAUAUGUCAGCAAUACAAUCAAGGGAGAUAUGGACAGGCGUAACCUAUGCAGUUGCUGCUGCUAUGAUACAUGAAGGCAUGGUGGAGGAGGCUUUUAAAACUGCAGCUGGAGUUUUUGAAGCGGGCUGGUCAGAGAAUGGUCCCGGGUAUGCAUUUCAAACUCCAGAGGCAUGGAACACUAAAGGCGAGUACAGAUCACUGGCUUACAUGCGACCUCUUGCUAUCUGGGCAAUGCAGUGGGCUCUUUCAACCCCAGAAUGUAUCAGAGAAACCCCAAGACCAUCUAUGGAAUAUGAUGUGUCCAAUCACCACCAUGUUGGAUUCUCAAAGGUGGCAGAAGUAUUGAAGUCCAUUCCUCACUCACAUGUCAUGGGCGCUCGCAGUUUGCCCCAGUAUCUUUAUGAUUGUAUUUGUAAAAGAAAGCAUCUAUGAACUAUGGCCAUGCAUUCUUAGAUUUUGAAGACAAAAGUAGUGAAGGCAUCACAUUCUUUUAAGUUCAUUGUAAGCAAAGCCUAUUAGAAAUUUCGGUGGGUCAGCAAAUUUUUUGCUGGUGACUACCAUACUGUGCCAUUUGCAUUCAAACUUCCCAUCAAUUUCCACGUUGGUCCUUUGAAAGUUAAGUGGUUUGUAAUGAAUAAAUGACAAAGAUGGAUAGCCUUCUAGACCAAUUAGAUCCAUUGUAUAUCAGAAUAAUUUAUUCUAUUAAUUAUUAAAGAAUUAUAGUAGUUUUAA